ACAAAUCAACUCCUAGAUGGCAACCUCUUCGCUUUAAAUGCAUGGCGUAUUGUUACUUCUGGUUCAACCUAACCUUUUCUGCCUGGUGCGUAACGAGGAACGUUUUGUAACACAUAACAAACGCCAAAAUGGCUAUUCGACCGGUAUACAGGCCCACAAUUGUUAAGAAGAGGACUAAGAAGUUCAUUCGUCACCAAAGUGACCGAUACAGUAAACUAAAGAGAAACUGGCGUAAACCAAAAGGUAUCGACAACAGAGUCCGUAGGCGUUUCAAGGGUCAGUAUUUGAUGCCCAAUAUUGGUUACGGAAGCAACAAGAAAACACGUCAUAUGCUACCAACUGGUUUCAGAAAAGUGUUGGUUCACAAUGUUAAGGAAUUAGAGGUUUUAAUGAUGCAAAAUAGGAAAUUCUGCGCUGAAAUUGCUCAUGGUGUGAGUAGUAAAAAACGCAAAACUAUCGUUGAACGUGCUCAGCAACUUUCCAUUCGAGUCACUAAUGCCAGUGCAAGAUUACGUUCUCAAGAAAAUGAAUAAGACCUCAUUCUUAUUUGCUUUAUUAAUAAACUAUUUACAGUA